GGUAAAAAAAAAAAGUCGACGUUUGUAUGCUUUGUACGUUAUUGUAUGUUUGUUGACAUCGCCCCACCUGGUGGGUGGUUCGUGCGCGGAUUCGGAUGGGGCUUUGCCAGGCUUGUUUUUCGCUUGGCUUGCUGCUGUGACAGAAAACAACGAAAGAACCCCAACAACGGGCGGAAGCGAGCGGGACAGCUGAAACUGAGAAAUCCGAUAAGCAUGGGAAACUUGCUGCCAACGUCGUCCCUGCGGACAGCGAGGACAUUCGGCAAAAGAAAGCGCGGUUCGGACGACACCGAGGACGACGAACAGGACGCCCAGCGGGCCGCGGCCCCCAAAAGGAAGAAACUGAUGACAACGUCGCAGUACAUCUACCGGACGUUGUUCCUCGAGGGCCAAAACAGCGACGUCACCAUCGUGGCCUUGGGUGUGGACUGGUGCCUUCACAAGGUCUAUCUCUGCCAGUCGCCUUACUUCGCCAGCAUGUUCUGUGGCAGCUGGAAGGAGAGGGAAGAGGGCAUUGUGGAAGUGGGCAUUGAAGACCCAAGGGUUACGUGCGAGGCCCUCAAGAUUGUCUUUGGCUCACUCUAUUUGGACGAGAUUGUUAUAGAUCCUGAGAACGCAAUUCCUGUUCUGGCAACGGCCACACUCUUCCAGCUGGACGAGCUCAUUCAACUUUGUUCGGAGACCAUGGAGGAAACCAUCAAGCUGGAUACGGUGCUGCCGUAUCACGAAGUAGCCGAGCAGUAUGCCCUGGCCCACUUGGGAAGCAAGUGCCUCGAGUGGUUGGAGCGAAACCUCAUGUUCCUGGUCAACGACUCGGCCGACACACUGCGACAAAUUGGUCCAGAUUUGAUGCAGAGGCUGGUGGCUUCCCCAAGUUUGGUGGUGGUCCAGACAGAAUUCUCCCUCUACCUCUUGCUUUCCAUCUGGGCAUACCUCAGGGAACAUGCCUGCUGGAAAGGGGAUCAGAAGGAGGCCUGCCAGCAAGCCCACAAGUACUUCAAGGAAAGAGAGCAGAGUGGGAGCUUCGUUGCAAGCUUAGAGGGUGAGGAGUACGCCGGAGCGUUCGAGGCACUCCGAAUAGAGCACCUCAUCAAUCAUCCUCUCGACGUCGAAAUGUUGGAGUUGGACAACAUCAUCUCAAAAGAAUCCUUGUACCCGGUGUUCCGUAACCAGUGGUACUCCAUGCUCAAAGUGGACCAAGGCCUGGACAAGGGGCCCAAAAGUAUCAAUGAGGAUGAGUUCAACCGGUGUUGCCUGCGCUGUGGUCGCAUUCUUAAUACAGAUGCACAGCAUAUAUGGAGGUGGACGGGCUACAACUUUGGAGUUGAUCUGAUAGUCACCUAUCAGGGGAGGAGCAUCAAGUUCCGGCGGAACGACCGCUCCGAACCCGACGUCCUACGGUCGGCGGUGGUGGGUGGCCGCAGGCACCUCCUCUACCGAUUGGCCGUCUUCUCGGUCGGCCCCAACGGGGAUGCCCACCCGCUGGCCUCCACGGGUCUGCGGUCGGCCACUCUGGCGCGGAACGCGGAGACUAAGGUGUUGACCAUAGAGAAGGAGUUUAAGUUUCCACUCAUCAUCAGUGCAAACUUCCUGGUGACUACUCCCCUAUCCACGUCUGCAGCCAGCGAAGCAACGGCGGCAGAACUGUCUCGGAGCUAAACGCCACCUCCUUGCUUUUCUCGCAUUGUGUCUUCAAACUAUGGACAAAUUUUUCACCACUGCCAACACGAGGAUGGAACCGGAUGCCUGUCUGCCCACCCGCAGCAGCUCUAGUCAUCUGCUAGAUGUGUGCUCUAGCCAACUUUACUGUGCAUUCAUGGGUUCAAUGAUUACAUUUGGUUCUUUGUAAUGGUGUCUGCAAUAUUGCUUCAUGGCAUGGCUCCUGUAUAAACAUAAUUAGAUUGUGUGCAAUAUUUCUCUACAUCAGAACACAACUCAUACUUUAUGCGGGUUCAGUUUUAUCAUUUCGAAAUUUUCUUCACUAAUGGGGUAUCACGUUGAUGAUUAUAGCCGUGAUUCAAAAUGGUUACUGACAAGCGGUGUGACCACCUAAGCAGACAUGUGAAUCGACAUAGAUCCUUUGUGGUUGGUGAUGUGUUACAAUGGUGAAAAUAAUGUUUGAUAUUUGUUAUGUUGCUGAGCUGAUGAAUCUAUGAUGUCUCAUGUUAAAAGAGCCCUGCUGAGCUGAUGAAUCUAUGAUGUCUCAUGUUAAAAGAGCCCUGCAAAAUUCAUUGUGCCUAGAGGUUGUUUCGGGUGACAUUAGCAUGCUGCUCUUCGUGAUGUGUACUUUAGCCGUCCAAGUUGGUCUUGUUGGAGGGAACCAAAAUGAAACAGUCUAGCUAUGUACUAACCAGACAAUGUACAUUAAUUAUAUAUACAGUGGAACCUCGAUCAUGCAACCCGGUUUAUGCGACAUCCCGCAUUUAUGAUGAAUUUGCCCAAUCCCGACAACCUCCCCAUAGAAAUACCUACGGUAAUGUAUUAAAAGUUUGGUUUUCAUGACACGUGAUUCUAUGCGUCUUACGACGUUCCGGUGGGAAAUGCGCGAGGCAUUAAAUGGCUGCUUGAGGAGGGGGGCGGCGGCACGGCAACGCGGAAGAGUUCUGUGCGCCGUUUUAGAGGGUCCAAAAGCACGCCACCGGCAGCCCAAGGCAGCUGCUGCGUUGGGUGGGAACAGUAGACGGCGCUUUCCCUUCUCCUCCCUGGGUUAUGAAAUGCCUCGGCGUUUUCACAUUCCGUCCUUGCUCCGCUCAUCCCAUCAUUCUCUCGUCUCUCAUUCCGACGGUUUUUUACUUCAUCAAAGUACAGCAGAUUAUUAGCUUGGACAUAAUUUAAAACCUCCGCUUGUUUUUUUUUUCGCGUGAGGCCGAUCACUGUGUUUGUAAUUAUUGUUCUUUCGGAUGAUACAGCUCGCGGAAUGUACGACGAUUUCGCCCGGUCCUGCAAAAGUCGUGUAAUCGGGGUUCCACUGUAUAUAUAUAUAUAUCUGUAUAUAGUACUUACUAUAUUUUGUUAUGCAGCAGUAACGGCAUGCGCUCAUCACGCUUGUUAGUUUUUAUUUUGACGCUCUCUCUUGUUGUCUCGGUCAAGUUGGUUCGGCGGAGUGGAAGAUAAAAAAUAUUAAUAUUGGCUGGUAUUUUAUUAUUCUGUUUUAUAGAUUUGAUAGCUUUAGAAUUUAUGUGAAAUUCAAUGAACCUUUCCUCGUAUUUAGACCUUAAAUAAAUAACAGACUAUGCCAUUCAUAGCUCUGUUCCUGCUUU